AUGUCAUGUUAUAUCAGUGGUGUAGCCGGGUUGAUUAUUGGCAGUCCUCUGGAUGUCCUCAAGGUCCGACUUCAGGCCGAAAGCAGCUCGGCUGCCUCCAGCAACAUGCAAGCCAACAAGAACAGUCUUACAUCCAUGAUUCAGAAUGAAGGCGUCAAGUCUUUGUUCAAAGGCAUCACCUCUCCGAUCAUCGGCUUGGCAGGACUCAACUCCAUUUUGUUUGCAUCAUACUCGGCUUCCAUGCGGUUGUUCGAGACACUUUCGCCGCCAACUUCCCCCACACACCCGUCGUCGUACACUGCAGCAAGAGAAACAUACCAACCGCUGUCACAUGUCUUUGCAGCUGGAUUCGUUGCGGGUGUCGCCUGCUUCUUGGUCAGUACGCCGACGGAGCUAGUCAAGUGCAGAGCCCAGGUCAUUGCUUCGCAAUUGGACCCCAACUCUUCUGCAGCAGCACAAAGAGCCAUCCUCAGCGAGUCUGGCUCAUGGCAGGUCACCAAGGACGUCGUCAAGCGGUUUGGUCUGAAGGGACUGUAUCAAGGAGGAUGGGUAACGAUUCUUAGGGACGCUCCAGGAUACGGAGUGUACUUUUUAUCAUACGAAGGACUCAAGAGAGUGCUGGAAAUCCCACAGGGAGAGACUGGAGGCAUCAACACAUGGAAGCUGCUCUUUGCUGGUGGAUUGGCUGGAACCCUUUCAUGGGCAAGCAUAUACCCGCUUGAUGUAAUCAAGACUAGACUGCAAACACAGCCACAUCUUGUUGUAACAGAUCCCUACGGCAGCAUGAGGUCGCUUCCAAUUACCGCCCCCACCCGUAUCCCCACACCGACUACCAGUCUUUUGUCCAAGGGCCACGGCGAACAGCGAGGGCUGGUUCAUCAGACAAGUCGACAGGGACAUUCGCAGGUUCCUGCAAGUGCGCCUUACAAGGGCAUGUUGGAUUGUGCCAUUCGCUCGUACAGGACUGAGGGCAUGGGCGUGUUUAUGAGAGGCGUGACGCCGGCGCUACUUCGAGCGUUCCCUGUCAAUGCGGUUACAUUUUUCGUGUAUGAGCUUGUUAUGGCUGAACUGCAGAAGCUUGAUUAG